AAACAUGUGCGUUGUGAAACCGGGCUGUAGAAACUGUAUAUAAAGCUGAGCCACUUUUGGGGGUAGAAGUGGAGCAAAUACUGAGACUUCAGACACUUGGCUGAUUCUUGGAAGAAAACAUUGUUACAACUUUGUGAUCAUACAGAUUCAUACUCUUUAAGAAGCGUCAUCAUGGAGAUGUGUCGGUUCGGCCUGGUUUUGCUGUUGGUGUUGUGCGCUGCACUGCUUGCUGAAGCCCAGCCGGAUGGUGUGGCGCACCGCUACAGUAACUUCCUGAAUCAGCACGUUUACGCAGGCAUGACCAGCAACAGGUGUGACAGUGUGAUCGGAAGUAGGGGAAUUGAAACUGUGCUGCCUAAUGGAAAGCGCAGCUGCAAACAGAGGAACACCUUCAUAUUGGCCAAUUCUGACCAGGUCAGGGCCGUGUGUGGGAACGCCAUGAAGGAUUAUGAAAGUGGCCAGCCUUUCCGUGUGGUCACAUGCAAACUACACAGUGGAGAAAGACCGCCACAUUGUGAAUACAGAGGUCAUGAGGACAGGCGAUACAUUACAAUAUCAUGUGAACAGGGUUGGCCUGUGCAUUAUCCUGGAGACACGGUUGUUGUAGGCUGAAAUUUUCAAAAAGUCAUAUGUUUAGUGAUGCUCAUAAAAGUACUUUUCCAAUGAAUCUGCAGCUAAACUAAUGUUUAAUGAUCCUGAAAUACACUGAUUGAUCCACUUUUUUUUUUUUUUUUUUUACUUUAGUGAAUCUCUGAGGUGGUUGUGUUGAAGCCAGAAAGACAUUUUAAUCACUUGGCUGAUCUUUUAUUUCUCUGUAUUAAUUACAAUAUCCAUUUUCCAGAUGUUAAUCUACAUACAGUUUUUGUUCUGAUGUGUAAGACAUUGUGGUAAUGCAACUUUUAAAUUGGAUGGUCUCAGGGAAAAAAAAUUAUAACUAAGAUAUGAUUUAAAUGUAUCAUUUCUAUUUUUUGCUGAAUCAUAUGAACUCUACUUUUAAUUUUCUUUAUCAAAACAAUAAAGAAAUGCAGUUUUCUCUGA